CCACCAUUUAUUCAACCAAGAAAACGAAGAAAUCAUAUAUUGAGAGAAGUUGCUAGAGGUUUAACUACAGAGAUAUCAAAUGAGGAGUCAGGAACGAAGAGCAAGUAGGAGGUUAGAGGCGAUGAUGGAGGAGCUGCAGUCAGAAAUGGAAACCAUAAACGAGGAACAAUCAAGAUUACGACAAGGGCAAACAGAAAUGAAACAACACUUUGAAAAGAUCCAAGCGGAGUGUGCACAGCUGAGACAGGAGACCAGCCUCUUUCUCCAGCAAAAUCUAGGGUCCCAUCUUCGCCUUGUUGCCAGCAGUCGGCAGCCAUCCAACUUCCAUGGUUCUAUCUAACUAACAUCUUGCAAAUUAAUUAGACGACAUGGCUUUUGCCUUAGCCAUGUGUUGCUGUGUUAAAUUAACAAUCCAUAUGUGAGUCACCCUCCAUUGUACUUCUGCUACUGGUUGUAUUGAGACAUGCUUUCAAUGGAUAAAUAAGAAAUCAUGCGUUUCUAU